GGCCUCUCUCAGCCUUUAAAAGUAGCAGGAUUCCAAAGUCAAGCAGGAUUAACACAGAGACUUAUGCUUGGUAUACAGGAGAAUGUCUUUGACUCUUCUACGUUCGCUUAUUCUGCUGGCUUGUGCCUUGACUCCAACUGUCAGUCAAACCAGUUGCAGAGGGAGAUGUGGUAAUGAGUACUACCGUGGUUACCUGUGCCAAUGUGACUAUAACUGCAUGCCCUACGGCGAAUGCUGCCACGACUUUGAAUCUCAAUGCACCACAAAGAACUCCUGUAGAGGUCGAUGUGGGGAAUCAUUCAAGAGAGGCCAACCGUGUAGCUGCGACUCUGAUUGUGUUAAAUUCAAGCAGUGUUGUCCAGAUUACAAGAUCCACUGUGAUCCAGAAGAGGAAAACAAUGGAGCAUCCAGUGCAACAGCACCAGGAACGAGUAGUUCAUGUGAUAAUGUAGAUGCUAAAAAGCCCAAAGAGGAUACUGUAAAUGAAGCAGAACAGCCACCUUUGGCACUCAGCGGGGAAAACGACGAAGAUAAUUAUGAGGUUCCGGUGGUGAAUCCAAUAUCAUUUACACAAGAUAAUGUCAAUAAUGAUAUGUACACCGAGACCAUGGCCAGUGAUGACCAGUCCUACACUGAAGUUCCAGAGGAAAGUCAGACACCAGAUAGCACUAGCGUGUAUGGGUCAUCCCCAGCUGAGCCACUGGAUCUGGUCUCCACUCAAGCCACCUUGAUAACAGACACUCCACAGGCCAGCACAGAGGCAGCUACAUCGGCGACGACACCUUCAGAGGACAAGGUCAAGUUAACCACAAUUGACAUUUCUGAUGGCGUCACCACUACUGCAGAUAGCAGUGAUGCUACCACUUUGCCAGACUCAGGAACAGCAUCCCCUCAAGCCACCACUGCAGCUGAGAAGGUUUCCAACCAACCCACUCUGACUUCUGAGCACCAACCAGAACCGUCUCCCACAACUGACACCACACGGCAGGAGAUCACAUCACAGGCACAGAAUGGUGCUCCGACUGAAGCUGCUUCUGAAAAAACAGAGGGCGCACCCUCAUUUUCCCCUACAGCUCCUAACGUAGCUGCAACUUCAGAACCCUCACAGGAGCAGUCCACAACUUCAGCCCCACAAGAACCCUCACAAGAGUCUUCCACAUCUUCAGUACCACCUCUAGAGCCCUCACAAGAGUCAUCCACACAUUCAGUACCACAAGAACCCUUUCAAGAAUCCUCCACACCAGGAUUGCCAGCAGAAACCACACAAGAGUCAUCCACACCUUCAGUGUCACCAGAACCCACACAAGAGCCCUCCACAACUUCAGCACCCCUAGAAUCCACACAAGAGUCCUCCACAGAUGCGGAAAACUCUGAAGCACCUAUGAUUCCUGAUUCGACGACAGUGGUUUCACCAUCAAUCCCAACCACCUUAGUUGUUACAACACACCUCGAUUCCUCUCCAUCGGACCCUGAGAAUCCCUCCACUAGUGUUUCUCCAGUGGGGUCCGACCUUGAUGUCAUAACAACUGUUAAUCCUUGGCCUAUAGAUGUGUCACAGGUUGAUUCUUCGAAUGAGGUUACACCAGCAAAACCUUCCAGUGAUCCACAAACAGUAACCCAGAUACCGACCAGUCCUCAAUCAUCUGAACCCACUCCUAAACCUCAGGACAAGCCAAACCCUUCCAGUCUACUGACAACUACAGCUCCUGUGGAUAAACCUGCUCUCAAACCUGGGACUAAGCCAGUGGAUGCAGUGCAGACUGUGGAUAGUGCCAGAGACUACCAAGCAGAUGACAGCAAUGACACAAACCUGUGCAGCGGGCGGCCUGCCGGCGCAGUCACCACAUUGAAGAACGGCACAAUUGCGGUCUUCAGAGGUCACUACUUCUGGUUUUUGGACAGAAACAGGGUUCCGGGUCCUGCCCGUGACAUCACACAAGGGUGGGGUGUCCCGUCCCCCAUUGACACUGUGUUCACCCGUUGCAAUUGUCAGGGGAAAACGUACAUCUUGAAGGGAAACCAGUAUUGGAGAUUUGAGAACAAUAAUUUGGACCCAGGCUAUCCAAAGGUUGUUGAGGCAGGCUUUGAUGGACUUCGAGGUCACAUCACAGCUGCUCUGUCUGUGCCUCAGUACCGCAGGAGGAGAGAAACUGUUUAUUUCUUCAAGAGAGGUGGAUUGGUGCAGAAAUAUUCAUAUAAGUUUGGCAGGAGUCCAUCAUGUAACAAGAAACCCCACUAUGCCAUUUACACAGUCCGCAACCGAGUGGUGAGACAAGCAGUAUCACUUUUGGGACCCACAAUCAACAUACGGACGGCCUGGCGAGGAUUCCCCACCACCAUCACCUCUGCCGUUUCUGUCCCCAGUUUCAGGGAACCAGAGGGCUACAGAUACUAUGUCUUCUCUAGAACUAAAUCCUAUAAUAUUAGGAUGGAUGGUGAGCAGCCCGUUGUCACUCCCCCAAGAGAAAACCCAUCCGCUCAGAACAACAACUUCAUCAAUUGUCCACAAACACUCUGAUGACCACAGACCAUGUUGGACUGAUCUAAAACCUUUAAUAAAAUGUUUCAGAAAGCACAUCACUUCAUCACAGACUGUGAUCAAAACCGGAUUUAUUUGUAAGCAAUAUAAAAGCAAAGGGAUUUAGAACAGGUGAACAAGAUCAAGACUGAAUCAAGGAGGUCCUGUCAGGGAUUUCCCAGCAGGAGCUUCAUCUUGCAAUGCGUCUGCCAUGGACUCCUCGAGAAGGAAAUGCUUGCCCUAUCGGAAUACACAGAAUAGGUUUAAACCUCACAUAUAGCGACUGAAUAAAAUGUGCUUCUCAAGUCUCAGAUGAAAACACACACCUUUAAAAAGCAUGCAAAGAUAUUCACAUUAGAAUCAGACUCUGUAACUGUAUAUUUAAUUUGCAAUAAAGAGUGUCAAAUUGUAA